UAAAAAUUGCCCCUGUUCUUAGAUAACAGUAGGAUAAGGUUAAAUUGCCAGUUUGGUGGUUGAAUAUUUGUGUGCAACUAACACUGAAUAAAACUGAUAUUGAAAAACAAGAUGUAACAAUAGAUAAUUUGAUAAGCUAGACGAUGCAAUAUAUAUGCAUUUGAAAGGAUAUUUAAUACAGCCAUCCUCUUUUGAACAAUGGUCAUUGACGGUAAUGUCUAUCUAAUAUUUGCAUUAUAAUAGUGUUUACAUUUAACUCAAUGGCAGGAGGUGGGUUUCAUGGUUCUGAUUGGAGGACUGGGCCUCAUGCACUGUCAAUGGAAGGGUAUCAGGAAGGAAUGUCACGCUAUUGGGGUGAGGUGAAUCCAAGUUAUGAGAAGGGCAUGGAUGAAGGUGACAAUUGGAGACGGGAAAUCCCUCAGUACAAGGAUGAAAGACAGCAUAGUGGGUACGGUGGGGAAGGCAGACAGCAUAGUGGGUACGGUGGGGAAGGCAGACAGCAUAGUGGGUAUGGUGGGGACAGUAGACGGUAUAAUGGGUACAGUGGGGACAGUAGACAGUAUAGUAGAUAUGAUGGGGAUGGUAAAAACAAGGCUUAUAGAGAUGUAGACACCGAGUCAAUUGACCUACAACCAGACUAUGAAGAUCUUCCUGAUAAUGCAAAUGGAUUCCAUGAUUCAAGGGACGGUCCCGGUAGAAUGCAAAACAGAGACAUAGGUGAUCAACAAAAUGAAUAUUACUCAGAAGGUCGUAUACCUGAGCAGAAUAAAGCAUUUGAUAAUGAAGGCUUUCAAAGGGAAGACAAUGGUGAUGCUGAUGCCAGACCCGAAGUGUUUUCUAGAAGAAAUCGAUCUUUAUAUCGGAAACAUAGCCAAAAGAGAUCAACUGGUGUUAGUUAUACAGAUCAUUUGCAGACCAUAGUUCAACGACGCAAACAAGCUAGAACAAACAUAUCAGAGCUUGGAUUUUCUGGAAGGAAAAGUGUGAUAAACAAUCACUAUGAUGAUUUAAACGAUGACUUUGAUGAUCGUUUGCCUAGCAAUCGGAAUAAGAGAACAAAAAGUUUGAAGAAUCGUCUGAAUACUUUGAAGCAUGAUCGUGAAGAUUUGAGCACACAUGAUCAAGCUGCUGCAUUGAGGGACACAACCAGGGACAAGAUUUUAUCACACCAGGAUUCUGGGUUUGGGUAUGAACAAAAGAAAUACCAGCUUGCAAAGAAAUUUAGCAGUUUCAAAAAUUGGGCUAAAAGUUGGAUAUACCAGCUGGAACUUUGGUCAGGUGCAUUCAAAGUGAUUGAAGGACAUUUCGGCACUUCAACUGUGUCCUACUUCCGGUUCCUACGCUGGCUCAUGUUCCUGAACCUGUCUCUGACAGUGUUCAUGAUGUUCGUGGUGUUGGUUCCAUUCCUGACAGUUGGUGUGGGGGGUGACGGUGCCAACUCCUUCACGGACUCGGUGAACUCUUGUACCUCCAAGUAUCACUAUGAGGCCAUAUACCACAGCACCAAUUACACAUCGUCAUUUGAAGUGAAGAACACCUCCAAAGUCUCUACACAGUCCUUUGUGGAUGUCUUGCAAGGAACAGGCUGGAUGGAGAACACUGUACUGUUCUAUGGAGCCUACUUCAACCGUACGACAUUCUCGGAAACUCCAUUUGUCUACAACAUGGCGCUCGCCUACCUGUGUGCCGUUGGUGUCGGAUACCUCAUUAGCUUUGUUCUGCUUGUCAAAAAUUCAGCAAAUGGUAUGAAGGAGAGCGUACUCACGUCUACCAGUGGAGGUAUGUCACUAUACUGUAACAAAGUGUUUGGAGCCUGGGACUACUGCAUUGUACGGAAGAAAACAGCAAAACUGAAACACAAAAGCGUUUGGCAGGAAAUCCAGAAUGAGUUGGAGUAUCAGCGGUUGCAAUGGAAGAAAGAAAGUCGCACAACGCGUGAGAAGGUGAAGCUGUAUGUGAUACGAGUCCUUAUCAACCUCCUUGUGCUUGCCAUUCUGGGGGGUGCUCUGUACUUGAUCUACUUUACCAAUGAGAAACUGGCAGAGCUUCAACAUCGGACUGAUCUCAACAAAACUGUGAAACUGGUGCUAGAGUUCCUGCCUUCAAUAACAAUCACCUUGCUAAGUGUUAUAGUGCCCACGAUAUUCAAUAAAUUAGUGACAGCUGAGGAUUAUAUGCCUGCCUUCGCAAUUCGAAUCACGCUCAUCAGAACAGUGCUGCUGCGCCUUUCCUCUGUGGGUAUCCUGAUGAUAUCCCUGUACGCCACACUGAAAGGACUGGCCCCUAGUCUGGAUGUGUCACCCUUUUACCAGGCCUCCUGUGGUGUGAGCACUGCACCUACAAACAUGUCCGAUCCAGAAGGAAAUUGGACACAGGUUAAUAAUGAGACAGAAAGCACUGACAAGAAACCUAAUAUUAAGUGUUGGGAGACAUAUGUGGGUCAGCAGAUCUACAAACUGGUGUUUCUCAACUUCAUUGUGGUCAUCGCUGUCACCUUUGUGUGGGAAUUCCCCAGAAAAUUGAUGUACAAAAAGUUUCACAAGAGAUUUAAGCUGGUAAAUUUAUUAGGCCUGCAGGAGUUUGACCUUUCCAAGAGUGUCCUGGACCUGGUCUACUUACAGACCCUAUGCUGGAUAGGGAUGUUCUUCAGUCCAAUCAUCCCAGGCAUGUGUCUAAUAACCUGCUUCAUCUUCUUCUAUAUCAAAAAGGCGUCCCUGCUGACCAACUGUAUCCCCACACAGCAAUAUGGCACCAGCAAGUCCAACUCUCUGUUCAUGAUGGUGCUACUACUCUCUUUUUUCCUGGCAAUCAUUCCCAUCUCAUACAUGGUCGGCAAGUUACAUCCGUCCCAAGGCUGCGGCCCGUUCCGUGUGUAUUCCCGUGACAACUACAUCAUGUUUGAUGUGGUGUCCAACAUGGUGGAUGAGUGGCCGUCUAAGGCCCGGAGCACUUUCUACUUUAUGGGCACUGCAGGCUUCAUGGCAGUCAUGGGGCUGCUGCUAUGCAUGCUGAUGUAUUACUUCUGGCUAGUCGGUCAGGCUCAUCACAAGAUGUCCAAGGGUCUUCGAGAGCAGCUAAAAGUGGCUUCUGACGAUAAAAGAUAUUUUGUGGCUAGAAUCGAAGAAGCGAGGGCCAAGACAAGCAGUUUCUAGUUGCCAGACUACAUGAGACUUUCGAGUUUGAAGCAGAAGUUUCAAGUUGAAAUGGAACAAUAUUCUGCCUCCUGACACUGUUUCUAAAGAGCCUACAACUUCUUAAUUUUUGCAAAAACAAAAUCAUGAAAUUAUCAAUUUUAUGGUUAUUAAAAACAGGACAUGUUAAUGACGUCAUGUUAACGAAAACACACUAAUGAUGUAUGUUUAUGUUUAGUAUGUAUGCUUUAGGAAAGAUUUACUCUUAUUACGAAUAAUUAUGUCCUUAAUAUAUAAUUGUUAAAGACGAUUGGCUCCCAUGCUAUAAAUAUGUGAAAGGCUGGAUUGCUAUGGUAAUCAGAUAUGUACAGAGACAUGUAGUCUUGUUUGUGUUAUUGUUGUUAUGCCCCCCUUCGAAGAAGAGGGGGUAUAUUGCUUUGCACAUGUCGGUCGGUCGGUCUGUCGGUCCGUCCACCAGUUGGUUUCCGGAUAAUAACUCAAGAACGCUUAGGCCUAAGAUCAUGUAACUUGAUAGGUAGAUUGAUCAUGACUCGCAGAUGACCCCUAUUGAUUUUCAGGUCACUAGGUCAAAGGUGAAGGUCACAGUGACCCGAAAUAGUAAAAUGGUUUCCGGAUGAUAACUCAAGAACGCUUAUGCCUAGGAUCAUGAAACUUCGUUGGUUGAUUGAUAAUGGCUGGCAGAUGACCCCUAUUGAUUUUCAGGUCACUAGGUCAAAGGUCAAGGUCACGGUGACCCAAAAAAGUAAAAUGGUUUCCGGAUGAUAACUCAAGAACGCUUAUGCCUAGGAUCAAGAAACUUGAUAUGUAGAUUGAUCAUGACUCGCAGUUGACCCCUAUUGAUUUUCAGGUCACUUUAUCAAAGGUCAAGGUCACGGUAACCUGAAAUAAUAAAAUGUUUUCCGGAUAAUAACUCAAGAACGCUUAUGCCUAGGAUCAUGAAAAUUCGUAGGUAGAUUGAUAAUGGCUGGCAGAUGACCCCUCUUGAUUUUCAGGUCACUAGGUCAAAGGUCAAGGUCACGGUGACCCGAAAUAGUAAAAUGGUUUCCGGAUGAUAACUCAAGAAUGCUUAUGCCUAGGAUCAUGAAACUUGAUAGGUAGAUUGACCAUGACUCGCAGUUGACCCCUAUUGAUUUUCAGGUCACAAUAUCAAAAGUCAAGGUCACGGUGACCUGAAAUAGUAAAAUGGUUUCCGGAUGAUAACUCAAGAACGCUAAUGGCUACGAUCAUGAAACUUCAGAGGUACAUUGAUCAUAACUCGCAGAUUACCCCUAUUGAUUUUGAGGUCACUAGGUCAAAGGUCAAGGUCAUGGUGAC